AUGUCUCCCGCUGUCGCCGCCCGCAACGCCGCCCGUUUCGCUGUCCAGCGCAGACAGUUCACUCUCCUCCACAACAUGCGCCAAGUCGCUCGGUCCUUUGAGCCACAUCCCUUCCAGAGGAUGUCACAGAGUGGUGUCCACGCAAAGCCCUUCUACGGUGCUAUGAUCAAGAAGCGUCUUGGCACUGCAGCAAUCUUCUUCCCCACAGCUAUAGCCAUCCUUGGUUGGCCCUAUGUCAGCUACAAGGCCUUUGACGGCCGCAUUUGA